UGGUGUAUGCUCAGAGUUCUAUAAGUUCCAAUGCAACAAGGCAUUCUGAAGAAUAUUGUGCUAUGUAUGACAUUUGCGGUAAACGUAGUGAUGGAAAAGUAUUGAACUGUCCGUUCGGUUCCCCAUCUGUAAAGCCAAGUGACUUGCUUUCAUCUAAGAUUCAAAGUUUAUGUCCAACAAUUACUGGAAAUGUCUGUUGUACAGCAGCCCAGUUUGACACAUUACGUGCAUCGGUUCAGCAAGCAAUUCCCUUCCUUGUAGGUUGUCCAGCAUGCUUAAGAAACUUUUUGAACCUCUUCUGUGAGCUUACCUGCUCUCCAAAUCAGAGUUUAUUUAUCAAUGUGACAUCUGUAAACAAGGUAAAUAACAAUAUGACCAUUGGAGGGAUUGACUUUUACAUAACUGAUGCUUUUGGUGAGGGUCUGUAUGACUCCUGCAAGGAUGUCAAGUUUGGUACUAUGAAUUCUCGAGCUAUGGAAUUCAUUGGUGCUGGUGCUCAGAAUUUUAAAGAGUGGUUUACUUUUAUUGGUAGACAAGCAGCUCCUAACCUGCCAGGUUCACCAUAUGCCAUUAGAUUCCGUUCAAAUGCUACUGACUCAUCCGAGAUGGUACCUAUGAAUGUGUCUACUUAUUCUUGUGGUGAUAGUUCACUGGGCUGUUCCUGUGGUGAUUGCCCCUUAUCCACUGUUUGUUCUAACACAGCUGCUCCAGUUUCCCCCAAAAAAGUGUCAUGUGCAGUGAAAAUUGGUUCUAUUAAGGCCAAAUGUAUUGACCUUGCAGUUGCAAUUCUAUAUAUCGUGCUGCUUUCUGUGUUUUUUGGGUGGGGUUUGUUUCAUCGGACUAGGAAGCAAAGCCCAGCUUCUAAGACAAAACCGUUGUGGAAUAAUGUAGUGGAUGAUGGUGAAGUUCAGUCUAUAAGAAGGGAGAAGAAUCCUCCAAUGCAGGUGCUUGAAGAUCCUGUCCACAUGAGAAGCGGUGUCCAACUUUCAAUUGUGCAAGGAUACAUGUCAAAAUUUUACAGGGGAUAUGGGAAGUGGGUUGCUAGAAAUCCAAUCACAUUGUUGGGUUCAUCAUCAGCUAUAGUUCUUCUGCUUUGUCUUGGUCUUAUCCGUUUCAAGGUGGAAACAAGGCCUGAGAAGCUAUGGGUAGGGCCUGGGAGUAAAGCAGCAGAGGAGAAGCAAUUUUUUGAUAAUCACCUAGCCCCUUUUUACAGAAUUGAGCAGCUUAUAAUAGCAACAAUGCCUGAUGUCAAGCAUGGUAAGGCACCUAGUAUUGUGACGGAGGACAACAUUAAGUUACUUUUUGAGAUAGAAAAAAAGGUCGAUGGAAUUAAAGCAAAUUAUUCCGGGUCAAUGGUAUCUCUUUCUGAUAUCUGCAUGAAGCCACUAGACCAAGACUGCGCCAGUCAAAGUGUCAUACAGUAUUUCAAAUUGGAUCCUGAAAAUUAUGACAAUUAUGGUGGGAUUGAACACCUAACGUACUGUUUUGAGCACUAUUCCUCUGCUGAUGAAUGUAUGAGUGCCUAUAAAGCUCCUCUUGAUCCCAGCACUGCGUUAGGUGGUUUCUCAGGGAAAAACUAUUCCGAGGCAUCGGCGUUUUUGAUUACUUAUCCUGUAAUUAAUGCUAUUAAUAAAGAGGGGAAUGAAACUGAAAGAGCAGUUGCAUGGGAGAAGGCUUUUAUUGAGUUAGCAAAGGGUGAGUUGUUGCAAAUGGUGCAAUCCAAAAAUUUAACACUAUCUUUCUCAUCGGAGAGUUCCAUCGAAGAAGAACUUAAGAGAGAAAGCACUGCAGAUGCCAUUACAAUAUUGAUAAGCUAUCUUGUGAUGUUCGCUUAUAUUUCUCUUACACUGGGUGACUCUCCUCGUUUGUCUUCCUUCUAUAUUUCAUCGAAGGUAUUGCUAGGUCUCUCAGGAGUUGUUCUUGUCAUGCUCUCCGUUCUUGGAUCAGUGGGAUUUUUCAGUGCCAUUGGAGUUAAAUCUACCCUAAUUAUUAUGGAAGUCAUCCCAUUUCUAGUUCUAGCUGUCGGGGUAGAUAAUAUGUGUAUUCUGGUUCAUGCUGUCAAACGGCAACCAUUGACAUUGCCUUUAGAAGUGCGAAUAAGCAAUGCACUUGUGGAAGUUGGACCAUCCAUAACUCUUGCUAGUCUAUCAGAAGUUUUAGCAUUUGCGGUUGGCAGCUUUAUUCCUAUGCCAGCUUGUCGUGUGUUCUCCAUGUUUGCUGCACUAGCUGUUCUAUUGGACUUCCUCCUUCAAGUUACUGCCUUUGUAGCUCUGAUUGUUCUUGAUUUCCGCCGAACUGAGGAUAAGAGGGUUGAUUGUUUCCCAUGUAUGAAAAUCUCAUCAUAUUCCAACUCUGAUAAAGGCACUGAAGAAAGAAAACGCGGUUUGCUGGCACGCUAUAUGAAGGAGAUCCAUGCUCCCAUUCUAAGUCUUUGGAUUGUCAAGAUAGUUGUCAUUUCUAUUUUUGUUGCGUUUUCUCUCGCAAGCAUUGCAUUGUGCACCAGAAUUCAGCCAGGUUUGGAACAGAAAAUUGUUCUUCCCCAAGAUUCCUAUCUUCAGGGUUAUUUCAAUAAUAUAUCGGAGUACCUCCGAAUUGGACCCCCACUAUACUUUGUUGUGAAGAACUUCAACUAUAGUUCAGAAUCAAGACAUACAAACCAAUUGUGCUCCAUUAGCCAAUGUGAUUCAGAAUCUCUUUUGAAUGAGAUUGCAAGAGCAUCCUUAAUUCCAGAAUCAAGUUACGUUGCUAAGCCUGCUGCUUCAUGGCUUGAUGAUUUUCUUGUGUGGAUCUCCCCAGAAGCUUUUGGGUGCUGUCGGAAGUUUACAAAUGCAACGUAUUGUCCUCCGGAUGAUCAGCCUCCUUGCUGUUCUUCCUCUGAUGGUUCCUGUAGCCUGGGUGGAGUAUGCAAAGACUGUACUACGUGUUUUCGUCACUCAGAUCUGCAUAAUGGUCGUCCAUCUACCACACAAUUUAAAGAAAAACUUCCAUGGUUCCUUGAAGCUCUACCCUCUUCGGAUUGUGCUAAAGGUGGCCAUGGAGCUUACACUAGCAGUGUAGAAUUGAAAGGCUAUGAACGUGGCAUUAUUCAAGCAUCAUCAUUUCGUACAUAUCAUACACCUCUCAACAAACAGGUUGACUAUGUAAACUCAAUGAGGGCCACUCGAGAGCUCUGUUCUAGAAUUUCGGAUUCUUUGAAGAUUGAGGUAUUCCCAUAUUCGGUGUUUUACAUGUUCUUUGAGCAGUAUCUUGAUAUUUGGAAAACAGCACUUAUGAGCCUUUCUAUAGCUAUUGGCGCUGUAUUUAUCGUGUGCCUAGUCAUCACAUGCAGCUUGUGGAGUUCGGGAAUUAUCCUAUUGGUGUUGGCAAUGAUUGUUGUAGAUCUCAUGGGCGUGAUGGCAAUUCUUGACAUUCAGUUAAAUGCAGUCUCUGUUGUUAACCUUGUAAUGGCAGUGGGCAUUUCUGUUGAGUUUUGUGUGCAUAUGACGCAUGCUUUCUCGGUUAGCACUGGAGAUAGAGAUCAACGAAUAAAGGAGGCUCUGGCUACAAUGGGUGCAUCUGUCUUCAGCGGAAUCACACUUACAAAGUUAGUUGGGGUUAUUGUGCUUUGUUUCUCAAGAACAGAAAUCUUUGUGGUGUAUUACUUUCAAAUGUAUCUAGCGUUAGUUCUUCUUGGUUUCUUACAUGGGCUAGUAUUUUUGCCGGUGGUGUUGAGCAUGUUUGGUCCACCUUCAAGAUGUGUGCUCAGGGAGCAGCAACAAGAUCGGCCAUCUGUAUCCCUCGAACCAUCAAAAACAUUGAACCAUUUGAGCGUAUUCCCCCAUCGAAAGUCGCAGAAGAACAAUGUGCUGCUCCACCUCCAAGGCCAGAAGCCGAUAUUUGUCCUAUACUUGAACUCAUAG